GGCCAUGGCCGAGGGCAGGGGCGGCAGCGCCGGGCUCUUCGCCAGGCAGGUCCAGAAACGCUUCAGCCGCGCCCAGGAGAAGGUUUUGCAAAAAUUGGGCAAAACGGUGGAAACCAAAGAUGAGCAGUUCGAGCAGAGCGCCUACAACUUCCAGCUGCAGCAGAACGAGGGUCACAAACUCUACAAGGAGCUCAAGGGGUUCGUGGGAGCCGUGAGAGUGAUGCACGAGAGCUCCCGCAGAGUGGCCGAGACGCUGCAGGACAUUUACAGCCCUGAAUGGGACGGGCACGAGGAGCUCCGGGCCAUCGCCGACAGCAAUGACCUCCUGUGGGAGGACUACGAGGCCAAGUUGGUGGACCAAGCCCUGCGGCUCAUGGAGAAUUACCUGGCUCAGUUCGGCGACUUCAAGGAGCGCAUCGCCAAGCGGGGCCGAAAGCUCGUGGACUACGACAGCGCCCGGCACCACCUGGAGGCUCUGCAGAGCGCCAAGAAAAAGGACGAGGCCAAAAUCGCCAAGGCCGAGGAGGAGUUCAAUAGAGCCCAGGCCGUGUUCGAGGAGCUGAACAGGGACCUGCGGGAGGAGCUGCCGGUCCUGUACGGCAGCCGCCUCGCCUGUUACGUCACCGUUUUCCAGAACAUCUCCAACCUCCGUGACGUCUUCUACAAAGAGAUGAGCAAGCUCAACCGGGACCUGUACGAGGUGAUGAGCAAGCUGGAGAAGCAGCACUCGAGCAAGGUGUUCAUCAUCAAAGGCGUGCCCAGCAAUCGCCGCUCUCUGGUCAUCUCCGCCCCCGUGAGCCCCCCGGCCAUGUUCCCCUGCCCGGACAAGGCGCCCGUGCUGGACGCGGAGGUGACACCGGGGUCCCCCGACACCGACAGCGCCGCCCCCGCGGAGCCGGGGGCCGUGUCCCCCGGGCCCCCCCCGGCUUCGCCCGCCAGCGGCGGCUCCCUGGACACGGCCUCGGUGUCCAGCGAGGAGAGCGCGGAGCAGGCGACAGCGGUGACAGGGUCCGUGUCCAGCGAGGGGACCCCGGAGGAGGUGACAGCGGUGACAGGGUCCGUGUCCAGCGAGGAGACCCCGGAGCCCGGUCCCGGCCGCGACAGCGAGACCCCGGAGCAGGCGACAGCCGUGACAGGAUCGGCGUCCAUCAAGGAGCCCCCAGAGGAGGUGACAGCGGUGACAGGGUCGGUGUCCCCCGAGGAGCCCCCGGAGCCCGGUCCCGGCCCCGACUCUCUGUCCCCUGGUCCGGAGCCACCGGCGACAGCCGCGGAGCCGGGGGGUGACAGCGGGGCGCGGGGAGGGGUGGAGGGCAUCGCCGCCUCCCUGGCGUCACUGAUUUUAUCCGAGGCCAUCGCCCAGGCCGCUGGCACGCUGUCAGCAGCGCCGGGGACAGCGGCGGGCACGGCAGGGGACAGCGCGGCCACCAGCGCCGAGGGUCGGGAGCGGCCCGCCGUGUCGCCGUCCCCAGCCGCAGCUGUCCCCUGCCGUGUCCCCGGCCCCGCGGCGUGUCCCCGGGAGCCGUGCCGGCUCGGCGGAGAGCGGGGACAGCGCGGGGACACCGGGGACAGCGCGGAGGCGGCGGAUGCCGAGCCAGAGGUGCGCCGGGCUCAGGGCUGUUCCGGGACACCGGAGCAGGACACGAGCCAGGACACGAGCCGGGACCCCUCAGGUGCUGCAGAGCCCCCCCAGGAUCCCCCCGAGUUCCUCAGCGCCCUCUGA